AUGGACAGCCCUCCACGAGACGGGCAUGAUGAGACAGCCCUAUCUCACUUGCCAAAGCGACAAAAGACCCUCCACCGUGGUGAUUUGCCAGCCGCACGACGUGAAAUCUACACUGUCGCAUGGAUAUGUGCGCUGUCGAUCGAGAUGGCAGCGGCCCGGGCCGUACUGGACAAUAUUCACGAAUCUCUACCUGCCCUUACAGACGACAGCAACACAUACGUUUUAGGGGACAUCCAGAGACAUAAUGUUGUUAUUGCGUACCUACCAACAGACCAGUAUCGAAUUGUCAACGCAGCGAACGUGGCGACGAACAUAAAGCGGACAUUUCCCGCAAUCCGAGUUGGUUUGAUGGUUGGUAUUGGCGGUGGUGUUCCGAGUAAGGUUGAUCCAAGUCGAAUUCCAUCUAUUCUCCAGCAGAAGCUUGAAGAAUAUGGGUAUGGUUGCCCAAGCUCGCCAGAUCGUCUCUUCCAGACGGAUUAUCAUCAUAAAGUUCCGGAGGCCAACUGUGAUGAAUGCGACGACUCAAAGCUGGUACUGCGAAGUGUGCGGCUGUCGACAGAUCCAGUUAUCCAUUAUGGUGCCAUCGCAUCAGGGAGUCAGGCCAUUAAAAAUAGUGUUUUCCGAGACAAAGCUGCACGGCAACUGAAUGUUAUCUGUUUCGAAAUGGAGGCUGCUGGUCUGAUGGAUAUUAUCCCUUGUCUCCCAAUUCGGGGUAUUUGUGACUAUUCUGAUUCACACAAGAGCAAAGAAUGGCAGAAAUAUGCCGCAGCCACUGCAGCCGCAUACGCAAGGGAAUUGCUCGAGGGUCUUCCUGUCACCGAAACAAGUAAAGAAGAUGUCUAUAUACCUGUCCCCGAUCAGACCCCAUCACAGAAACACCGCAAGCUUCUACUAGAUUCCUUCAGGUUUGAGCAAAUCAAUGCUCGAAAAAUAACCGUUGAAACGGCCCACGCUAAAACAUGUCAAUGGUUUCUCAGUCAUCCUGGUUAUAAGGCAUGGCUAGAUCCAGAAAAUCUAACCGAUCGUGGAUUUUUAUGGAUUAGCGGCAAGCCUGGGGCUGGCAAGUCGACGAUCAUGAAAUUUGUCUAUUCGAAAAUGAAGAAGCAGGCCCGCAUGUAUCGAUCAUUGCUGCUUCAGCUACUUGAAGGAUUUCCCGACCUACAGACACUAUUAGAUGAUCCUGAGCUCGUUCCUGCCCAGGACCAAAGUGCUUGCCCUUCUUUGAAUAUCCUCAAAGACCUCCUUCAUAAAGCAGUUUCCCUCCUGGGUCAACGUUCAUUUACAUGCUUUAUCGAUGCACUUGAUGAAUGUGACGAGCAACAACUUCUGGAUAUGAUCCAAUUCUUUGAAGACCUGUCAGAACAUUCCACAGCCAAACGUCUCCGGAUCUGCUUUUCCAGUCGGCACUAUCCCUAUAUUAUGAUACGACAUGGAACCCGACUUACACUAGAGCAUCAACAAGGCCACACAGAAGACUUGCAAGCUUACAUCGUGGAUAAACUUCGAACUGAAGACCCCGAUAUUGUCCACAAGCUUCUCCAAAAAUCUGCUAGUGUUUUUAUGUGGGUGGUUUUGGUUGUCGAAAUUCUCAAUAGGGAGCUUGCAAGAGGUGCAAUGUCCCUUGACAGGAAACUUGAAGAGCUCCCAAGUGGGCUGAGCAAUCUGUUCAAGAAAAUACUGAAACGUGAUGAUGAAAAUAUGGAGGGGCUCCUGCUUUGUUUUCUUUGGAUUCUUUGCGCAAAGCGACCUUUACGGCCAGAAGAAUUCUAUCAUGCUCUUUGGUCUUACAGAUAUGUUAUCAGUUGCUCCAAGGUAUUGGCUGAGAUCACAAGAUCCGACAAGCCAUCAGAUCAGUUCAUCCAUGAGUCUGUUCGAGACUUCCUUAUUAAAGAUAGGGGUCUUUAUGAAUUGUGGCCUCAGCUUGGGCUUGAUUGGGAGAGCCCCAGCCAUGAAAGGCUCAAGGACUGCUGCAAUGCCUACAUGAACCAUCGGGAUGUGUAUAAUCUUUCUUCGAUACUACCGCCAUCUGUUGGGCGAUCUAGCAUAGAAGAUGUCACGAAAGUCUCAAGCAACUACCCAUUGUUAGAGUACGCCAAUCAGAAUAUUCUCUACCAUGCCAACGCCGCAGCAAAACUGGUUCCUCAAGACGAUUUUCUUUCCUCGCUCAAAAUAUCCAACUGGGUUAGGGUCAACAAUCUUUUUGAAAAGACCCGGAUUCGUGGGUAUACUCUAAGUGCGAGUCUUCUUUACAUUCUUGCAGACAACGGAUAUCCUGAGCUUAUCCGCACAAGAAUUCGAAAUUUCCCAGAAAUCGAUAUACUUGGUCAGAGAUACGGACACCCACUGUUCUCUGCCCUGGCACGUGGUGACAAGGCGAGUGUUGCAGCUCUUUUGAACCUGCCUUCGACCAUUUAUGAUGGAAUCGACAUCACAGAGGGCCUGAACCACAGAAAAGACUUAGAGGGAUACAAAAGCCAAACGCCUGUUACUUGGGCUGCAGAUAAUGGGCGAGUAGUCCUUCUUAAGCUUCUUGUUGAACGAGGAGCAGAUGUCAACGCUGUCGGUAGAACUGGAUGGACACCACUUUUACUCGCUUUGAGGGGUGGCCAUGAGGUUAUCGCUAAGCUUCUUAUCGACCGAGGAGCAGAUGUCAACGCUGUCGGUAGAACUAGAUGGACACCAUUUUUACUCGCUUUGAGGAAUGGCCAUGACGCUGUCGCAGAGCUUCUCCUUGAUCGGGGAGCUCGGGCUGAACCACCAAUCUAG